UCGUUGCGUCCAAGCAUUCUAGGGUCCCUCACCUCCUGUCCUUCUAGGGUACCCACUCUGGACACCACAUGAAGGUGCUGAUGUUCCCUCAUGCCCACUUUGGUCCCAGGAGGCAAAAGAGAGACUGGGUUGUCCCUCCCAUCUCCAUCCCAGAGAAUGACAGAGGCCCGUACCCCAAAACGGUGGCUCAGGUCAAGUCGAACAAGAACAAGGAAAUCCAGGUUUUCUAUAGCAUCACGGGCAGGGGCGCUGACGAGCCUCCGUGUGGCAUGUUCAUCAUGGACAGAGAAACAGGGUGGCUCAAGGUCACGGGGCCCCUGGACAGAGAGCAGGAAUCCCACUAUGUUCUGUUCCUUCAUGCUGUGUCUUCAACUGGGAAUGCUGUGGAGGACCCGAUGGAGACUGUGAUCACAGUGACAGACCAGAACGACAACAUGCCGGAGUUCACCCAGGCAGUCUUUGAGGGGUCCGUGAUGGAAGGAGCCUACCCAGGAACAUCCGUGAUGCAAAUCACAGCAACAGACGCGGACGACCACGAGAACACACACAACGCAGACAUUGCCUACGCCAUCCUCAGCCAGGACCCUUCCCUGCCUCACCCCAACAUGUUCGCCAUCAACCGGGACACGGGAGUCAUCUCUGUGCUCACUACUGGGCUGGACCAACAGAGCGUGCCUGCGUACACCCUGACGGUCCAGGCUGCCGACCUCCACGGGGACGGCCUACGCUCCACAACAACAGCCGUGAUCACAGUCACCCAGAGCAACCCCAGCCCUCCCGUCUUCAGCCCCACUCAGUACGUGGGCCAGGUGUUUGAGAACAAGGUGGGCGCCGGGAUAGUGAGGCUAAAAGUGAAGGACGCAGACACCCCGGGCUCCCCCGCAUGGAAGGUGGUGUUCUCCAUCCUGAAUGACAGAGCCGGCCUCUUCACUGUCACCACGGACCCCAAGACCAAUGACGGCCUUUUGAAAACAGCCAAGGGCUUGGAUUUUGAGGCCACGCAGCGAUACAUCCUCUACGUGACAGCGGCAAACAGCGUGCCCUUGGCACCAUCUCUCCCCACAGCCACAGCAACUGUCACUGUGGACGUGCUGGACAUGAACGAGGCCCCUGUCUUUGUGCCCCCGAUAAAGACGGUGGAAGUGCCCAAGGAUGUGGUUGUGGGCCAGGAAAUCACAUCAUACAGGGCCCGGGACCCAGAUAGCCUCCAGGGUCAGAGAAUCAGGUACCAGAUGUGGGACAGCCCAAGCCAUUGGCUGGACAUCAACUCAGAAACAGGUGUCAUUUCCACUCGAGCCAGUCUGCACAACGAUGACAUGGAGAACCACACAUUUUUGGCCAUUGUCAUAGCUGUGGACGAUGGGCAACCUCCUGCCACAGGCACCGGGACGCUUCUCCUCACUUUCUCGGACCCAGAUGGCCCAACAGCAGACUCGCACUGCCUUUCCACCUGCCAGAGGGGAUCAGAGCUCCCAGCUCGUCCCACGUGUACUCUGGGUGCUCGGCAGCCCCUGUCCUCCCGACGCCGUCGUCCAGGCCCGAACCCGGCGGCGUGCAGAGCCUCCCUGGGCCGGGGGCGAGGGCGGACCCGCAUCUCAGCGGGGGAGGAGAGGUCACCGAGGCACCAGCGCCUGGUCUCUCGGGGCAGCCAGACCGGCAAAGCCCACCCGGCCCUCUGCGGGGCCGCCGUGGAAACCCUAACUGCCCCGGGGAAGGGGAGGAGCAAACAAAACACAAAACGGAGCUCUGGGAGUCGUGGUGCGCAGUCCGACCCCCGCGCGCGGGCGACCUCCCGGCGCUGCGCCCGCGGCCCCGACCGACCCCGCCCCCCACGGACCGCCCAGCCCCGCCCCAAGCCCCACCCCCCGCAGGUGCCCUCAACUCCACUUCCGGCCCUGGGAGGAGCCUCCGCGGCCCCCGCAGGUGUGUGCGCCCCUGUCGCCCCCACCCCCAUCCUGCAGCGAAGCCCUUGA